AUGAUGUUGCUUCAUGUUCCAUGCCAAGGAAAAAGAGGUUAUCGGACAAAGAAGGCAGCUCAAGUGGAGGAGGAUGCUCCGGGCUUUGAAUCAUGGUGUAUUGAGGACUCAAUUAUUAAUGGGUGGUUGAUAAAAACCAUGGAAACGGAUUUGGUAGAAUUAUUCUUGGAUCUACCAACAACUAAAGAUGUCUGGGAAAGUGCAGUCCAUAUGUAUUAUGAUGCGUCUGAUGAGUCGCACAUUUAUCAAUUAAGAUGUAGAGCAACCUGUAUUACUCAAGGGGGUCAUGAUACUACUUCAUACUUUGCUGAGCUCAAGAGCGUUUGGUUGGAACUUGACCGUCAUCAUCCAAUCAACAUGAAGUGCCCUGAUGAUGUGAAGAUUUGA